GCCCGAUGGCGCAUUGAGGGUUAAUGGGAACCUCUCCCAGGCUCUGAUCGGGGGCGGAUCUCGGCGCGCAGGUCCCUGGAGUAACACCCCCUCCCCUGCCCCUCCAUCUCCCUUAAAGGGCUGGUGGCGAGCGGCUGCUAGCCUUGGCGUCUCCGUCUGCCGGCCGGGACCUUCCUCACCUGCAGCGCCAAGCCCGGGGCCCCAGAGUUUCUGGCCCAAGCUCGGCGCGGCUCGGCGCAGCAGGGCUCCCGGUUGAAGUGAGUGACGGGCGGGCUGCCCAGGGAGGCGCGCAGCGGAGAGGCCACCGGGCGCGCUGGUCAUCCGCCUGUGCGCUUGGCCCCCGGGAGCGGACGCGUCUAGGGCCAACGGCGCACGUGGAGGCACCGGGCUGCCCUGAACUCUGCGGUCCGGCCGGGAGGAGUGGGGCCAGGAGAGGCGAGGAGCGCGGCGGGAUGCCUGCCUCUUCCUGAAGGAGCCCAACUUCCCCGAGCAUCCCCUGUACGUGACGGGCAGCAUGGAGCUAGCCGCCCCUGCCUUGGUCCUGGCCGUGCUGCUGGCUGCUGUAGCCUUUCCUCCGACCCCAGCGAGCCAGCUUCAGCCCCCCAUGCCCAAUGUGUGUGCUGUGAGGGAGCUGACCAUCGUGGGUCACCAGCAGCCUUGCGUCCAGGCCUUCACCCGGAUGGUCAAAGUAUGGAAACAGGGCUGUGGCCGGCAGAUGUGGUGUGUUGGAUAUGAACGGAGGACUGGGUAUUACACAGACUAUCGGCAGGUAUACAGCAUGGAGUAUCAGACUGUCUACAAGUGCUGCCCAGGAUGGUACCAGCUGAGUAAUGAUGAGGGCUGCCUCUACCCUGUCUGCAAUUACGGAGUCUGUUUCAAUGGAGGGAACUGCGUGGAAGGGUCAGCCCAGCUGUGUCACUGCCCCCCUGGAUUCCAGGGCCCCCGCUGUCAGUAUGAUGUGAAUGAGUGUGAGGUGGAGAAUGGAGGCUGUGAGUCUCAGUGUUGCAACACCAUUGGCAGCUUUUACUGCAAGUGCCCAGAGGGCCAGAAGCUACGGGAUGACCGGAAGGCCUGUGAAGGUAGGACUGGACAGGGUGGGCUGUCUGGGAUGGACGCCCCAAAGGGCAAAGGUUGAGGGGAUGAUGCGAUC